UUUAGUCUCGUACGUUGCUUGAUGACGGCGGACUCGGGGAAUGUACCUUGGCUGAAGUUUUGUGUUACACAUUUUCUACCACGACUCUCUGUGUAAUGGCGACCGCAGGACGCUCCUCUGUCGUGAAGUAAUUUGAAACUGGACGAAAAAAACCCAGCCCGUGUGCACAUCACAACCUCAUCACCUCAGCCUCACCAGAAGUCUGCUGCGAUCUAAAGGAAUCGACCUUCUUACUGAUUUGUUGAAUUCUGUCUUUAGAUUUCUGCCAACAUGUUGUAGCUGAAAGUCGACUCACUCCCAUCCUUGGGAAUCCUGUCUGUUGGAUCUCAUUCCCUUUUUCCAUUUAUCGUUCCUCCAUCUCCUCACCCCAUGCGGUAACUUCUAACUUAAGCACCGGUAGCGCCUCUUCUGGCGUAAUGAGCAGCCUGCAGCAUGGCAGCACAGGCUCAGAGCGAGACCUUCAUUCUGCUGCAUCAUCUGUUAGCCUCCCCUCAGUUAGAAAUAACCCUAAAAAGCACCGUCUGUCUCUCCACUCAUUCUUCGGACGGAGACUCAGACCUGAACGGGACUCCAGACGGACGUCCAGGACUCUGUCCUCUGGAGUGGACGGCAUCGUCAGCGUUGAAAGUGUGCAGACUGAGACCAGCCUUGACAAAACUUCCACCCAGCCGCCAUCGGAUGUAGCGUCAACAUCAACGGGGAUGGCGUCUUUGUCAGAGCUGCUGGAAUGCCCUCUGUGCCUGCUUCGCCAGACACGGGAUCGCUUCCCAGACAUCAUGACCUGCCACCACCGCUCCUGCGCAGAUUGCCUGCGACAGUAUCUGCGCAUUGAGAUCUCAGAGUCCCGCGUCAACAUCACCUGCCCUGAGUGCUCAGAGCGCUUCAAUCCCCACGACAUCCAGAUGAUCCUGGGAGACCGAGCCCUCAUGGAGAAAUAUGAGGAGUUCAUGCUGAGGAGGUGGCUGGUGUCCGAGUCAGACUGUCGCUGGUGUCCUGCCCCUGACUGCGGGUACGCGGUCAUUGCUUUUGGCUGUGCCAGCUGUCCAAAGAUCACUUGUGGCCGUGAUGGCUGCGGUACAGAGUUCUGCUACCACUGCAAACAGCUGUGGCAUCCCAACCAGACAUGUGACACGGCGCGGCAGCAAAGGGCCCAGAGCCUCCGGCUGAGGAGUUUCAGGUCGUCGUCCCUCAGCUACAGCCAGGAGAGCGGAGCAGCAGGUGAUGACAUCAAGCCGUGCCCUCGCUGCUCUGCAUAUAUCAUUAAGAUGAACGAUGGGAGCUGUAACCAUAUGACCUGCGCCGUCUGCGGCUGUGAGUUCUGUUGGCUGUGCAUGAAGGAGAUUUCUGACCUGCACUACUUAAGUCCAUCCGGCUGCACAUUCUGGGGGAAGAAGCCCUGGAGCAGGAAAAAAAAGAUCCUCUGGCAGCUCGGAACGUUGGUGGGAGCGCCUGUGGGCAUCGCUCUCAUUGCUGGCAUUGCCAUCCCAGCAAUGAUCAUCGGGAUCCCGGUCUAUGUGGGCAGAAGGAUUCAUAAUCGCUACGAAGGGAAGGACAUUUCGAAACACAAGAGGAACUUGGUGAUCGCUGGUGGCGUGACACUGUCUAUCAUGGUGUCUCCUGUGGUUGCUGCAGUCACUGUUGGUAUCGGUGUUCCCAUCAUGCUCGCCUACGUCUACGGAGUAGUCCCAAUCUCUCUAUGUCGGAGUGGAGGCUGUGGAGUUUCCACUGGCAACGGAAAAGGGGUGCGAAUCGAGUUUGAUGACGAAAAUGACAACAUAGGUACUGGGGCUGUAGCCACAGACACGACCUCUGUGGCGGAGACUCGCCUCAACAACCCGAGCCUCGGAGACGGAGCGAGCGUCGGUGGCUUGACCGGCCUGAGCCUCAGCGUCAGCGGCACCCACAUGGAGCGCUGCGGCGUGAGCUCCGCUCAGCGUGACAACAUGAGCGACAACGCCAGCACCACGGCGCUCGCUGGGACCAGCAUAACUGGCAGCCUCUCCGGCAGCUGCUACAACCGGAUGGAGGUGCAGGCGGAUGUCCAGAAGGAACGCUGCAGUUUAAGCGGCGAGUCGGCCACCGUCAGUCUGGGGACGAUCAGUGACAACGCCAGCACCAAGGCCAUGGCGGGCUCCAUUCUCAAUGCCUACAUGCCGCUGGAAAGAGACAGCAGCCUGGAGGUUCCUGCAGACUCUGAGCCCAAACAGGACAAGGUGAGACACAGCAGCGCCAGCAGCAGCAUGGAUGAGGCCAGCUGCAGCAGCAGUUCAGCCGGCUUCAAAGGAGCAAGCGAUGAUGGAGGUUUAUGCUCGUGUCCCUCCACAUGCAGCUGUGGGCAGCCCAACAACCAGUCCUCUUGGUCUAAGGACCCUAUCACUACUGUGGGCAAAAAGUGUAAAAGUAAGCUUUGGAGAAGAGCAAGUAGCAGCAGCGGCAAAGGAGAAAGUAGAACAAACGAAGCACAAGGCGACAUUGAUGCUCAGCUUCCUGAGCAGCGGAGUGCUAACUGCUCCGAGCUUGAAUCGCCGUCUCUGAGCGGCAGCCUCCCCUCAGUGGCCGACUCACACUGUAGCCACUUCUCAUCUGAGCUCAGCUGCUCCGACCCCGAAACCUUAAAACCUAAUCAUUCGCCCAGUUCUGCCCAGAUGGACCCUCCUGCCCAUCAGCCCACCAUCACACCUUUGCCUGAGGUAGAGCACGACCGCCUCGAGCAUCUCCCGCCUCAGAGUGGCCACGCAGCCUUCACCCACCGCCUGCUGUCUUCAUCCCCACCCGCUUCACCGAGAGAGAGAAGCAGCGGGACGUUCCUGCACAUCAGCGAGGAGAGCGCUGGUGAAAACGCAGAGCCAGAGAGGUUUGUUAAAGAAACCACCAGAAACACUGCCGCACAGCCUGUGAGCCCCACGAGGAAGCGCUGCAUACAGACAGAUAUCUGACGGUUCCCUCCUGUCCUUGUGCUGUGUUACUGCUGCAAGCUCUGUUAGCUUUAUUAUCAAACUUCGACUUCAUUAAAGUUGGGAAGCUGAAGAUCAGGGUUAUGGAUGCGAAGUUAAGCUGUUCAGUAACAGAAGGUGAGGUGGAAGUACGCUGGAGAUUUAUGGAUAUGUUUAUACGCAGGAUAGAAAAUCAUUUGGAUCCCUGGUUUUGUCGAGUUUCAGUCUGUUAGAAGGGCAGUGUGUUUGUUUGCCAUUAGCUUUGAAUGGACAUGUUUGGAGCAGUUUUUGAGCUUGCUGAGAUUCUGCUUGAGCUGUGAUGAUCUGCACAGUGUAGACAGUAUCCUACAGAACCCAGUUGAAACCAGUGUUUAGGGAUGUCCCGAUCGGGAUUCUUUUGUCCUAAAUGGCAAUCCGAGUCAUUUAGGAAUGUCCCAGAUGGAUAAGUUAUUAAAUGUUAUUGCUUUGUGUGUUCCUGAAAUACUACAGCUUUCGCAAACAGUAAGAAAACACACUAUGGUUUAUGUUAGUGUUGUGAUUGUCCCCCAUUUAACUUACUUCCCAAUGACGUCAGGGCACUGCUUCAUCCUUUCUGACAAUAACAGUUUUUCCCAGCAUUGGUCGGGCUAAGGGUGUUUUAAUACCGAGUUUGCUGAAGUGCUUGGCUAACGCUAGCAUAUUUACUUUGUUUUGAUAUUUCCAAUUGGUGAUAACCCGGCGUAUUUCAUUUCAGUGACUUUUCGGUUCAAUCAAGCAGACAAACCUGCUGAAAAAGUGGCUCUUGAUUGAUGUAGCGAUUUGCUUUGAACGUUAUAAAAUAAAAUGAGCAGUGUUUCAGCUGCUUUCUGUGCCGCUUUUCUUACACAGACAUCGGUCCGUUGAGCACAGAGAAGUUGUAAAAGAUGGGAAGCUAAAUGGUGAAAAACGUUUCGAUUGUUGGGGGAACCCAGAUUCGAGUGCAUGGCCUGCCGAUUAUUUCAAAACGCCUUGAUUGGGACAUCCCGAGUUCUCAUGGUUUUCCUCAUGCUGGUUUGGAGUAAAUAAUAUAAGCUGCUAUCAUAAAACAUAAAUCUUUUCUCAUUUAAUCUGUAGACAUGUAGUCUUUCUUGUUUAGUGGUAAUCAAGGAAUGAUCUGGUAUCACCACUGUGUCGCCAGUUUACUCUCAGAUUCCCUCUGGAUUGUCAAAAUGACCCUCGACUGUAAUAUUGGGACCACAUGAUACAGAAGCUUCUUAGAUUUUCCGUAAUCAGACAUAGAAACAAAUGAUAUAUUUAGUUUAAGUUGUGACUCGUGUUUCUGUCCUACAUAUUUGCUUAUUUGUCUAUAAAACUUUGAGGGAGACCGUUUAAAAUGUUGAAGCUCUGUGUUUGGUCUAAGCAAAUGAAUACUGAUUUUUACGUUUAAAUGUUCUGGAUCGAAGCCACCAUCUUCUACCUGCACUGGUAAACAGGACGAUUGUGUCUGCUGAUUUAUUAGAUUUCACUUCGUCUUCAGAGUGCAGUUGAAGCAUGAAAGGUUAAUUUAACGCAGUUACUUAAAUCAUAGGAACAGAGCCCUGUUUCUAAAUACAAAUGUGUAGCACUUCUUACAAAAACAGGGCUUAUGGUAAUAAAAUGGCAGAAAUUCAACCAAACAAUGUGUUUGCAAUGAUAAAAUAAGCUUAAAGGAGACUAUACAAUAUGAGAUGAUCUCUCUUCUCUGGAAACGUGUCAACUUUAUUUGAAACUAUGUUGUGCAAUGAGAGCCUGCUUCUGUAUCCAAGCACAUUUAUCCCAUUCAAUAUUAAGCAGUGACUGUACAGUAAUGAUAAUAAACUGUUUUUGUUGUAUAAAUCUAAAUGAAACUUUCUGAAUUUAAACUUUGGGCGUUCUUUAACAGCAGACAUUUUUCUUGUUUUUUUUUUUUUCCCCUUUUUGCAAAUGAUUGAUGCAGAUAAUUUUAUAUUUGACAAACCUACAGUGCCUUGGAAGAUUUUCCUGUGUGUAUAGUGUUUUUUUAUUAUAUUUCAUUCUGUCUUGGUGUGAUAUUGUUGGAUAAUUUUCUACCUAUUCAAAAACAAUGCACCAGAUAGACAAAAUGUUCAGGAUAAACCACCUUAUGAGUUAUGAGCUGUUUUGGCCUACCAAAGACUACUUUCAGGUCCUGUUUGUUCGGGAGUUGCUCGUACUUUCCAUAUUAACCACGAUUAAACCAAAUUUUUCGUUUGGUUUGAGGUUUUAAAAUGUUCCCCUGAAGCCGCCAAAGUUUGUGAAGAAUAAUCAGCACAGGUUGGCGGUAAAAUGUAUGUUUCUCCAAAGGAGUUUGCAUCAAUGGUGCCAGACUGCCGUGACACUAAAGCUGCAUCUGGAGUUUUGCAGCUUGGACACUUAUAGAUGACAUCAACCAGCUGCUUUCUGAACUGCUCAAUAACAGCUGAAGUUGGAUUUUCUAUCUCUCUAUUUUAAAUAAACCCCACAGUUUAUUUUCUACAUGUCAGAACUCCAUAUUUAAUUCCUCUUUUUAUUUGAUGGUUGGUGUCAUAUUUGUUCUCUAAUUUUGGUGAAAAGAGGCUUAUGCUAUCUAGAAACUUGUGUAUUUUGAUUCCUUGUGUCUGAAUGUGCAUGUAAAUGCAUAUCCUUCAAUAAAGCUCGCAAUCAAGCA